AUGGAAAUGUCCUGCCAAAUAUCUGCAUAUCAGGAUGAUGAAAACUAUCGAGACUAUCAAAGUAUCAAAGACUCAUUAGGAGAGAGAAAUAUACGGUAUGAAAAUGAGAGGUAUUUGGAACACCUGCAAGUCAAACUGGAAGUGAAGGAGAAGAUGUAUGAGCAAGAAAAGCUCCGAGCCUGCCAGUUAAGGGACAUGUUAGAAGAAUUUGACAAGCUCAAGGAAGUUCAGAAGAAUCACAUUGUGCAAAUAAAAGGAGAAGUAUAUGUUGGUGAACUACCCCAGGAUUUUCUUCGCAUCACCCCAACCCAGCAGCAACAGCAAAUCCAACUGGAUGCCCAGGCAGCUCAGCAGCUACAGUAUGGAGGACCAAUGGGUACAGUUGGGAGACUCAGCAUUACAAUAGUACAGGCAAAACUAGCAAAGAACUAUGGAAUGACCCGCAUGGAUCCAUAUUGCCGAAUACGGUUGGGCUAUGCUGUAUAUGAAACUCCCACAGCGCAUAAUGGAGCCAAGAACCCUCGCUGGAACAAAGUUAUUCAGUGCACUGUUCCUCCGGGUGUGGACUCGUUUUAUCUAGAGAUAUUUGAUGAGAGGGCCUUUUCAAUGGAUGACCGCAUUGCUUGGACACACAUUACAAUUCCAGAGUCUCUGAAGCAAGGAAAUGUGGAGGAUGAAUGGUAUAGCCUGAGUGGAAGGCAGGGUGAUGACAAGGAAGGAAUGAUCAAUCUGGUUAUGUCAUACACGUCUUUGCCAGCUGCCAUGAUGAUGCAGCCACAGCCCGUGGUCCUGAUGCCCACUGUGUACCAGCAAGGAGUUGGAUAUGUGCCUAUAACAGGGCUUGAGUACUUUGCUCUGGGGAUGCCUGCAGUCUGUAAUCCCGGCAUGGUACCACUGGCAAUACCACCUCCUGCCAUCAAUCCUCAACACCUUUGUAAUGAAGAAGACCUGAAAUCUAUUCAGGACAUGUUUCCCAACAUGGACAGGGAAGUAAUCCGCUCAGUGCUAGAAGCUCAGAGGGGGAACAAGGAUGCAGCUAUCAACUCCUUGCUUCAGAUGGCUGAAGAAUCAUAAAUCCCUACUUCCUGCACUGUCCCCGUCCUUGCUGCCACCUUUAUUUUUACUUGCCAAGCCAGGGAUUUAGCUAGAGGAAGAAUUUCCUAACUGUUUUCUGUUAGCGUAUCUUAUGUGAAAGAUUGUAUCUCCCUUUCUCCGUGGACAUUUGGAUCUUUCU